AUGAGCGACGCCAGCUACGACGACGACGUGUCGCUGGACCUGAGCCUGCAGCUCACGUCGCCCUUCAACUACCUGCUGCCCACCCCUCUGGAACGGCUCCCGCUGGCGGGAAACCGGCGGGACUCGGUGGUGCCGCUGAACAAUAACAUCAACGUCAUCUGCCGCUUCCGCCCGCUGUUGGACCAAGAACAGCUGCGGGGAGGCAAAGUGAUCGUCGACACCCCGACAUCAACCCUGUGCGCUCUCCAGGGACGCGAUACAACCGCCAAUUUCACUUUCGACCGCGUGUUUGGCGUCGACCUGGCGCAGCACGAAGUGUACCAGUUUCUGAUCACCCAGACCGUCGAUGACUUAAUGAACGGGUAUAACGGCACCGUAUUGGCCUACGGGCAGACGGGGCUGGGCAAACUGUACACGAUGAUGGGGCUGUCGCUUUACGACGAGGACGAAAGGGGGAUUAUCCCGCGUAUCGCCGAAGACAUUUUCAACCAUAUUGGCCACGGACUGCUGGAUAUCGAGUAUACCGUGGGUGUGCUGUACUUUGAGAUCUACAUGGAGCAAAUCCGCGAUCUUCUCGACGACAGUAACGGCCCCGCUCGCACCCUGCAAUUACGCCGCCAACCGCUGACGGCGCUGGUGCUGGGGGUGCCUGGCGGCGACUUGGUAAACACGACGCCGACUAAGUACCAUAUCCACCAGGAUAAGACUAAUGGCAUCUACGUCAAGGGCCUCAAACAGGCGUUUGUCGCCAGCUCUGAGGAAAUGCUUACCGUGCUCCAAAAGGGGUUAAAGAACCGCACCCAAGGUCAAACGUUGAUGAACCUGGAGUCGCUGAGAUCCCAUGCCAUCUUCCAAAUCAAAUUGACCCAGAAACACGUUGCUACCGAUAUCACUAAGCGGUCACAACUUUUCCUUGUUGAUCUCGCGGGGCUGGAAAAAGUCGAUAAGACUGGCGCCGUGGGUCAAACCCUCGAAGAAGCGAAGAAGAUUAACCUGUCGCUUCUGGCUUUAGGUAACGUUAUCAACUCCUUAACUGACGGCAAGCUGAGUCACAUUCCUUACCGUGACUCUAAGCUUACCCGGAUCCUUCAAGAGUCGUUGGGUGGUAAUCUGCGAACAUCGCUUAUCAUCAACUGUCUGCCGCUGUCGCUUAACGAGCAGGAAACGUUGCUGACGUUGCGAUUCGGUACUAGAGCCAAGAACAUCAAGAACUCCGCCCACGUCAACACCGAAGUGCUGGCCGCCAACUUAAAGCAAAGACUUGCCCAGAUGGAAAAGCUCAAUCAGCAAAACCAAAUCUACAUUCGUCAAUUGGAGCUGGAGCUUAUGCUGUGGCGUCUGGGUGGCCAACCGCCGCCGCUGGUGCCCCCGCUGGCUCGUCUGAGCGUUACUCUCCCUAAUAAUCAUUUGCAUCUCAGUCACCACUCGCUGCUGGUUCCCGGACUGCUGCUACUGAUGAUCUAUCUGCCUCUGAGAGAGUUCCAGCUGCGCCUCCCUGGUCCGCUGGGACGGCUUCUGCAAAUCGGCAGUGCUCGAGACGAAAUUGACCGUCGUGAUAAAAAGAUCAGUGAGCUUGAAGAAAUGUUGCUCAGCUACCGCAUGGACCGGUUGCGCAAUCUGCACCUGGAGGACCUGAAGUUAUUCGGUCUUGAGCUGACGCUUGCCCAGUUGAACGAUAAGCUCACGGAGAUGGAAUUGGUCAACGUUAACUUGCGCAAACACUUGCUUAUCCUGGAAAAGAUCAUCGAGCUGAGAGAUAUCAAAAUUAAUAAGCUUAAGUCACUGCUUAAGGACCAGCAGUUAAUGAUCUCUAGAGAAACGCUUGGGUUUAAGAGCAAGUUGGGUGACAUCCUGCUGAAGUUGGAGUACUUGAACAAGCAAAAGGAAGAAGAGAUUCUGAUCAUGAAGCGUAACUCGGCCGCGCUGCUGGCGGCGGUGCUGACGAUGCUGCUGGCACACCUGGACCCGUCGUCUCGAGAAUACCCUGACAUCGAAAAGGUGCCUACCCACACUACCGUGGAAAUGCUGCGGCUGGUGCGCCUGAGCAAGUCGACCACGGGAGCCCUGCUUGCCUCUAGCCGCAUCAACACGACGCUGGUGACGCUGUUUGCCACUACGAAAAAAAUCACUGACGACGUCGCCCCCGCUACGCAGUCGCCUAAGCUCAAUUUCACUCAAGAGUACGUGCUGAUCGGCGAGUUUUUAGCCGAGCUGAGACGGAGACUGAAGCUUCUUACACCCACGAUCCCCCCGGCUGGCGGCGAACACGACUCGCUGGACACCCUGGGGAUGUUUGACGAGCCGACACUGCCGCUGCUGAAGCUGGGACUCAAUUUGCGCAUUAUCAAGCCGUUCCGCGGGGGGCUGGCAGCCAACCUGGUCCGCUCCUCCAAGGUGGAACUGCUUCUGUAG